GGCACGGAUCGCCAUGGAGGGUGGCGAGUUUCGCUUUAGCGAUGCAGCACAAACGUGCUCGGGUCCAUCUUCCCCAUGCGAUAUUGACGCCGAUGCAGGAUCCAGGCCGCCUGUAAAAGGAGUGAGCAAAAGCCCUCGGUACAAGGGCCAAUCGACGGCAAAGCCAGCGCUAUCCGAGUGUGGAACAGGCGUUUAAAAUUGCAAGGAACAUGAAGUUGACUUGGCCCAAGUUGCCAGGGCCCGUCGCAUUGCAGCCUAGGCAACACGACAUGGGAGACUGCAACCAUGAUUGCCUGUGGAAGCCAUGGGCACAUAUGCAAUUGCUGCCAAUACACACAGAUGCUGGCGACGAGCAAAUGACAUGCAGGCAUCCGUGUCGAUCGAAUCCAUCGCGCUGUUUGAUAAUGCAUAGGAGCUAUAUGCAGGCACCGUAAUGGAGACCCGAGAGUCGGACAUGAUGAGCCUAGGGAAGCCGUUUAGCG